CCACCUCCUCCCACUGGAAUCCACCACUAUCAUCCCAAUCUUUCUCCUCCCGCAUCGCACCCACCUCCCCUACCCGAAAAACCCCCAAAUUGCAAUCAGGUCCCAGGCGGGCUCCUCCCCAAAUCCGCAACCCAGCUCGACGAAAUUGGCGAAUUCAUCGAGGGAGCCUGACGGAUCGGGCGGCGAGGAUGGGCAUCUCGAGCAUGCCGACGCCCAAGGACAGCCUGAUGGGGUUCGUGCUGUACAACACGGCGGUGUCGGUGGCGAUCCUGGCGGGGCUGGUGCGCGCGGCGCUGGUGUUCCUGGGCCUGGCGGCGCCGUCGCCGUGGGAGGGCCUCGCCGCCGACGAGCACCACCACCACCACCACCGCCAGGUGGUGUCGUCGAUCUCGCCCCUGGGGCCGAGCCUCGCGGACCGGUUCCGGAGCCGGUUCCGCCCGUCGCGGUUCGGGCGCCGGCGCGGCGGCGCCGGCGCCGGCGCGGACUGCCGCGUGUGCCUGGCCCGGUUCGAGCCGGAGUCGGUGGUGAACCGGCUCCCCUGCGGGCACCUCUUCCACCGGGCCUGCCUCGAGACCUGGCUGGACUACGACCACGCCACCUGCCCGCUCUGCCGCCUCCGCCUCCGCCUCCUUCCCCCCGCCGCCGACGACGACUACGCGGCCGUGGCAGCGGGCCUGGCCGCCCGGUUUUAGGAGAGAUCUCCAGGAGGCCACCGGGGGCCGCGGCCGGGUCGGUGCGGCCCCGCCGCGUGCGCGUAGGAAUUCGAGAGGCAGGCAGAGGCUCCGUUAGCUCUAGUGCUCCGCUCCCAAUUAGUAGCGCCUUUCCUUUUUUUUUCAUGUGUUUUUCCUCUCCCCCCACCAUUUCGUGCUCCUUUUUUUUUCCUUCUUUCGUUUUCGUCGCUCGCGCUUGCUGCUGUACCGUUUGUAAAUAUUCGCAGCGUGCUCCGAUGGUGUUGCACUUGCAGUACUGUGUACAGGCUUUUCGAAAGCGAAGAGAUGAGAAGAAGAAAAAAAAUUGAUCCAGAAAAAGCCGAUCCCCUUU